AGAUCACAAAUAGUAAUUAUCUUACAAAGAGUAUAAUGGUGUAAGAACUGGGUUUUUUUAAUAUUCCAAGUGUUUUAAACUUCCUGAUUUAUUUUCAGUAGACAUACCAGCGCUUUAAAAUGUCGCCCUUGUCUCUGGCAAUUUUAUGAUGGGUCCCAUCUUAAAUUUGGUAAUUUCGUGUGGAAUAUUACUGUGCGGCUUCAGUGGACAAAUCGCGGGAUAUAAUUAUGACAUAGGUUAUGAAUACCAGUAUGACUACAAAGCGGAGUCCCAUGUUCUGGGAGACUUCCGAGUUCUAACCAUCGUGAAGUUCCGUGUAAGACCACUGGAGAAAAGGAACGAUUUGCUAAUCUGUCAGCUCCAUGUGGAUAGCUUUACCCAGUCUGCCAAAGGAAAAACAAGGACCAAUCCUGUAGAAUGGAAUUUCAACAAAGGGUUCGAGUUUUCUAUAUCUGAGGACGGUCUGAUCAAAGAAAUAGCACACCAUCAUGAAGAGAAAAGCGAUGUCAUCAGUCUGAAAAAAGUCCUGACCAGCGUUCUCUCUGCAAAGGGAAACUUCAAGUUUGGUCAAAGGAAUAAUCUAAAGUUCAACAAUUGGGAACAUGAUCAUUCAGGUUAUCUUCAACACCAAUACACCAUUCAAGGCACGGCGACUGGUUACAGAGUGUAUAAAGUUCACGAAAGUACUGACAAAGUCUACAGAAAACACGCUAAGAUUUUGCAUUAUAGUCACAGUGGAGUUAUUGAAUUUGUCAAAGCAGACGACAAUGUAAUUCUUCAGAACAAAAACAAAGACAAGCCUCCAGAAACAAGACAUUUUGUACCGGGCGAAAAAGAAAUAGAAGAAGAAGAAAGUGGAGAUUUUAAAGAUAUUAAAUCAAAUACAUCAACGGAAGUGCGACUUGUCAGAAAAAUAAAAUUGAACAAAGUCAAUCCAACAUCACCUCUGGACAAGUAUUUGAAAGUCAAAGACAGCAUCGUCGUUCAAAGGGAAAAACCUGAAGUGACUGAUUUGACGGAAGUUGAGAAAGAUAUUGAAUCAAGUGUUGCUUGUAUUCAGUUUAACAAGGAAGAAGUCAACAGAAAUAGAAUGGAUUGCUUUGCAAAACUUCUACAGAUCAUGAGUCGUCUUCAGAAAGCUGAUUACAAAAAACUGGCCACUCGCGAGUUAUCAAACCAAUGCGAAUUAAAUGACACAUCAUGCACCAGUAGAAGAAAUGUAUUCAUUGAUCUUUUAAUGAAAGAUGGACAAAACUUCACAGAAGAGCUGAUCAUUCGACAUUUCUUAAAAAACAAAGAUGUCAACGAAACGGAUCUUUUUCGAAUAUUUUUCCAUGUGCCAAAUAUGGGAAAAGCCUCAUUGGCUUUUCUGGAGGCUAUUGAGGAUCUCUGUCUUGGUCCAGAUCAUGCAAAUAUAGGAUUGAUUGCCAUGACCCAAACCCAUAAACAUGCUUGCUUGGCACUUGGAACAAUGAUAAAAACAUUCAGAAAUAGUUCUCAGUACAGUGGAAAGACAGAUCAUCUGUUGGAUUCUCUACAAAAGUGGUUAACUCCACACAACCAAACAAACUACAAUGAAAUAAACCAAAAUAAAAGAUCGCGUCGUUCAGUGGACGGAUUUGAUCGAGAGGUUCACAACUAUACUUACUCCAAAAUGGUAUUAAUCCAUGCUUUGGGAAACACGGGAGGCUCCAGGGACCAUCUCUUGACGUAUAUGAAGCCUGGGGAAGGUGAUAACAGCUGGAGAAGAGCGGCUGUUCUAGGAAUGAGGCACUUUGAUUGUCUAGAGAGUUCCGUCGCUUUGCUUGACUUGGCCGUCAACGAUGGGCAUUCCCUAGUAAGACAACAAGCGAUGGAAUAUUUUGAUAAGCACCCUUUAUCAAAAAGAAGCAUUCCACAGCAUCGAGACAUCCUCUUGGGCCGAAAUUACACUUACCACACUUUGAUGCGUUUAAAAAGAGGCAUUUUAGAUGUCAAGUUCAAGAACGGUAUAUUUUUCGCCAUGAAACUCCCGGGGAUACAAUGGAGUAAACAGAUAGGAAACAGUGCGCUAGGAUCAUCUUUUGGACUGGUUCUGACAAAUGAACUUGAAAUAGAAAUAAAACCUCUUAGUGGACACGCCAAGCUUAAUGUCUACGACGAUGCUUACGCCAAGGUUACGUUGGGUUGGUUUGGAGUGGAAGAGUACCUCUUUCGUGCGCAUGCUUGCUACAGAGGACAUGCUGGAUAUGAUAUCAACAUUCUUAAGGAUUUCGGGAUAAAUGGCAUACAAGAUAUAGUCAUGAUAUUUGAUAGACUCGUCGAAAAUGUUGUUGAUCCGAUAAAGGAUGCUAUUCAGGCGUUCAAAGACAUCAUUCAAUUGUUUGAUAAAGGCAUUGACUUCAUCGUCAACAAAGUAAUCGAGUUGGUGAAAAACUUUCCACUGAUUUUGGAGGAUAUCGUAAACAACAUAAUCAAAGCUGUACUAAAGGUCAUCGAUUAUGGAGGUGUCCCUUGGAUUGACCAGAUAAAGAAAAUCAUCAUUAAAGCACGAUACUUUGUUGAAGAAGUUAAAGAGGAUAUCACAGAAUUUUACAGUAUCAUUGCAGACGCCAUUACAGUGACGCUGCCCUAUGUAGCUAAGAAGUUGUUUGAUUCCGUAGCAACAAUAAUUUCAUCUGUGAAGAAUUUUCUAUCAAAUCCUGUACAGUCGUUAACGAUUUUUGGGAAAUCUAUCCUAGAUAUAAAGCUUGCUAUCGGAAUGUUUUUGGACGUAAAAAACAAAGUAGUAGAAAAUCUAUCGUUUUUGAAAGGUGGAACUCCAUUUUGGAUAGACUAUUGGGAGGAUUUCAAAGAGAUCCUAGAAGACGUCAAAGUCUUGUUCCGACUUCUUUUCGAUAAAAAAGAAACUACAUCCACUGUGGAAUUUGAGGAUGAAUUUUCGACGGCACUCACGGAUGGCGUUUCAAUGGCGAGAGAAGAAACUAAUAUAUUCAUCGAGGUUAUUCUGAAAUCGUUCGGGGACUUGACUACCCAGUUUAAGGACACACUAAAUGAUCUAGUGUCACCAUUUUUCAAUGCUUUCAAUUCAGUUCUGAAAGCAGUCAAAGCAAUCAAGUCUGGAUACACUACAGUUAGAGAUAUAUUUAUAAAGACGAAAAAUAUCAUACAAAAAGUAUUUGGUUCAAAAUUCCAUGUAACAUUUCCCAAACGGCGAAGAAAUGAAGAUUCGACUUGUGGGGUUGGUGUUUGGCCUACGGACACGAACGGAAGGUACCAAACACUGGGUGUUGAUGUCCGCAUUUCUUACCUCUCUGAUAUUCCAUGUCCAGUGAAUGGCGAAGUAUUCAGAGAAAAGAACAGAGUUCGGAUCUUGCCCACAGAUGAUGAUUUCAUCGAAUUCGAAAUAAUCAUAGAAAAUAUUAUUCCUGAUUCUUCAAUCUCAGCAAGUGGUCAAUUUCUGAUAGCGGGCAAAGAUGUCAUCGGAAAAGCUGGUAAAUCACCGUGCGACUCCAACAGUAUCCAUUUAUCUGUACGGAAACGAUCACCAAUUCAGACAGCAGAUUCUGAAUACAAAUAUAUAGACCCAUCACCCUUUUUGGACCAUCUGCUUCCAAAACCAGAGUGGAUCUGGGAAUGCAAAGACUACACUUAUAUAAAUUUCUUAAGUGUUAUCUCAGCUGAUGCUGUUAAAGAGGGAUUGGAUAAAGUAAAAGAAAAUAUAGCUAGAGCACAUAUCAAAGGAAGUGACAAACUCAAAAACGAUUUUCCGCCUGUUGAACCUAACUACCGCCCCCCUGAGUUUGAUGUCGCUCUUCCAACCGAUCCCGUUGCUGUUGGUGCGUGGAAUAGUUUCAAAGAAGGAUUUAAGGGUUUAGUUUCAAACAUCAAAGAUAUAGCAAAACAACUUUUCGACUUUUCAAGUAACAGGACAGGGCCUAAUCUCCUUGAUCUCGUAGAUGUGAAUAAAUAUACACUCGGCAGAAUAAAAGAAUUGCUAGGAGAAAAAGUUGGAGCGGAGAUGCAAAUAGUUUUUGAUAAACUUGUGCAACUUCGUUCUGCAGUUUCCGCUCAGAAUCUUGAUGGGUUGUCAAUUUCAAGGCUCCGGAGUUUACUGACAGCAUCGUUCAGCACUGUAUCUGGAUCAAAGUCAAAUAUGAUAUCCAGAAUUCUGUCUAAAACAGAAAAAGUUUUGCUGUCCUACGCCAAUCACAGAAUUAUGGCCACCGUUGAUGUCAAAAUGGAUGGUUGUUUAAAACAAAUAACGAUUACAGCACAGUCAACACCAGUAGUGUUAAAUUUCCAAGACGGCGAAGAAACAGAAGAGCGAGUUUUGUUAUCCAGCGUGACGUCAUUGUUGACUGCCAGCCUUGUUGUCUCGAUCUCUUUUGACUGGACCACCCCGGUGAUAUCCCUUUCUGCGGAGCUUUGUGCGCUUGAUUACAUCACGUGUCUACACACUGUACCUGUGUUGCUGAACUACGAACUUGAUACCACUUGUUCUUCAGUAGGAAAUCCUGUGUUUCCUUUGUCAAAAGCAGAUGGCAGCAACAACAUUUUGCCCACUAUGGAUAGCAUUACGGUGGAAGACUUCAUAGCAGAGCUAUCUGAUCAUCAUCUACUUGAUCGUGAUAUUUUAAAAGUUCUGGACACCAUCAGAGAGGCCAUGAUGGACGAGUUAAUCAACGAUCCCAGGACUCUCCUAAAAAUAAUGGGGAAAGAGUUCCAGUCAAAAAUAGACUUCUGUGCUGAUGCUGAUAUUCCAUUUCCUGUUAAAGAUUUUGUUUUUGUCGACAGCGAUAACUUUCCUCCAGUUUUCAUAAUGGUUGGCCCUGUUCCAAUAUUUUUUGAGUUUGGGGCUUCAGCAUCAGUCGGUCUUAAAAUAGAAGUCGGUCUUUGUAUACUGAGUUUCAAAGCAAAGGGCACGUUAAUACCCUGGGCGGGAGCGAAGGCCUGGGGAGGAGCUUUUGUGCAAUUCUUCUUUUUCAAAGCCGGAAUAAGACUGACUGGACAUCUAUUGGAGACAAGGUUUCCCAUUAAAGCAGAGAUAACGUUCAAUAAAUUCCCUUUGGAUGUGAGAGGAAGCUUGGAUCUGACCCUUAACCCAAUUCGACUAAAAUUGGAUGCGUACUGCCAGUUUGAAAUCGAAAUAUGUGUAUGGAAAUGCUUUAAAAUCACCAUUCCAAUUUUUCGAGGCACACUUUGGUCGUAUUCUACCAGACCUAUAUCAGCUACUAUUUUCACAAAUAUAAAGGAUGAAAAAGAUACCUCUCCUCCGGAGUUUUCAUCACCUGGUUUAACUGGUCCGGGAAGUCGUCGAAAACGGGAAACAACGAAUGAGUGUAUCAUCAAACAGGUUCCUGGACGAAAUCAUAAGGACCCGGCAUAUGAAAUACAAAUUGCAGCAGACGAUGACAAAAGCAACUUGAAACUGUCUUACGCCAUUGGUACUCAACAGGGAGGUACAAAUCUUGUAGAUUUUACAGAAAUGGGUGGGCUCUCUGUGCUAGUUGCGACAAAUGAUUUGCCAAACGCUGUACCCUUGUUCUGGACAGUAAAAGCAGUCAACAGCCAAGGCACAGAUUCCAGAGUGUAUUGCUUGCUGAAUACGUACGACAACACUUUACCAGAUGGGCGCGUAGACCCCUCCUAUAUAUAUAGUGCGCAUCCAACUGUCUUAUCAGGUACCAUUAAUGUAUUCGAAGAUUCGGAAAUAAAGCAAAUCCAGAGCCAUGCUCUGGGAUAUAGCUCUGGAAUGUAUGGUAGCGAAAUUAUAUUCUGGAAAAAUCUUACAUUAUCUUCAACGACAUACAGACCUGGGAUAUCAACUGACUUGAAACAUUUCAGUGUCCCAAAAGAUGGCAAACUUACAAACACGCCAUUUGCGAAACAUAUUACACAUACGCCAGAAGAAUGUGCAACAGAAUGUAUCAAAUCAGGGAUGAAAUGUGUUUCGUUUGAUUACGCAUAUUUUACAGAAUCCUGUGAAUUGCAGAGUGUUGUAGAGGGUCCUAGUGCAAAGCUAAGAAUCAGUGGUACAUACAUGAAUUACGAGAGACUUGGAGUUGGAUACAACUCAUUUGAAAUAUAUGAGAGUCUUCCCCUGGAACAUGGUCAUGUCUAUUUCAUUAACGUUAGAAUAACCAAUGUACUUGGAUACAUUGGAUACCUUCAUUCUUACGGGACGAUGGUUGACUUCUCUCCACCAAGCACUGGACCGAUAGGCAUAGACUUCGUAGAAAAAUAUUCAGCAGAUGGCUGCAAUGCAUCGGUGGCACAACGCUGUGUCGAAGUCACAUGGAAGGACAAUCACAGACACAUAAUUGAUGGUAGAGAUGCAUCAACAGUGUUCAAUGGACAUACGCCUUUAGUGGAUAAACAAUAUUCCAGGUCUAAUCACUACAUAUCAGUCAACUUUGAUGGUUUCCAUGAUGACGAAAGUGGAAUUUAUCAGUAUACAUGGGCUGCUGGAAACUCCGUUUGUGAUCAAGACGUGGUGAAUUUUUCGGAUCCCCACAAGUAUUUACACAGUUUGAAACACUGGACAAACAGCGGCUUUGAGAAAAACCUUCAUUUAAACGAUGGAAAAUACUUCCUGACUGUUCAGUGCCUCAAUGCUGUGAUAUUUGGUGGUUCCCUGGUGACAACUGUAUGUCAUAACAUUCCCCUGACUGUAGAUACUACACCUCCAUUCUUUGAUGGUGUCGAUCAAAUAUACUUUGAUGAACAUUUCGAUAUGCUUGGAAUGUAUUACAAAGCUGGCGACAAUGAGUCUUCCCUCAGCAGUGUGGACUUUGGACUGGGGAAAACGAAGUACGAUGUUCUUGUCAGGAGAUACUCUUAUCACAUGCCGAUGAACGGAGAUGAUGAUCCAUACAUUGUCAUAGAAGAACUAGAUUUAGAGGAGGGUGUCCCGGCCUGGCCAAGAGUGCGAGUAGAUAAUGGAGUGGGUUUGUUUAAAGCAGGUAACGGCCCUGAGCCCAUUUUGAUCGACAGAUCGCCACCUGUGGCCGGAACAGUAUUAGACGGUGACAUUGUGCAUCAUGACUUGACGUAUCAAGCCAGUGACAAAGAGAUGUGCGCUCAGUGGACAGGGUUUUAUGAUCCAGAGUCGGGCAUUCAUGAAUUUCGAUGGGGUAUUGGUACCGUUCCAGGAGGAGAAAAUAUAAUGGCAUUUCGUAAUUUCUCACAUAAUAUAAGACAUGCAUGCGCUAAGCUUUCUCUUCAGCACAAUACAUGGUAUUAUUCCACUGUGAUCGUCUUUAACGGAGCCCUGAAUUCAAAGGAUUCCAAUAGCACUUCAAACGGAGUGAUAGUGGACAUAACACCACCAGUUCCUGGCUACGCGGUUGAUGGAUCUGAUUUGUCUAAGGAUAUAUCUUUUUCAUCAGAAACAGCAACUAAACUUGUUACCUGGGAUAACUUUACCGACCCAGAGUCUGGCAUCGAGAGGUACUCCGUGUCGGUAUAUAUAAAUGAUGCAAAGACAAAGACAUUUGAUCCCACAAAAGAAACAACAUUUAUCGAUCACUCAGUCGGUAUGGAUCACAUGGAUGUAGUUUAUUUUGAAGUUGAGAGCUUCAACAGAGCAGGUCUUUCAUUAUCUGUAAGGACGGACGGAUAUCUAAUCGACCACACUCCCCCGACUUUGAUUACUAUUGAAGACAAUCUUUACGGAAAAAGAUACCAAACCGAUGACAAUCUUUUGCAGCUAAGAUGGCAAUUCCGCGACAGUGAGUCUGGCAUAAGAGAAUACCGCUAUUCUGUAUUUGAGCAUUUACAUGGAAUGAAGAAGCGUAUUUGGCCAAAGAUAGACAAGUACCUUACCAUAAUACCAAAGUCAAAAUCGGAACUUAUAGAACUAGAUUUCGAUAAGCAACAUCUCACGACAGGUGCUAAAUACUCAGUUCAUGUGACUGCAAUUAAUCAAGCAUAUCUGUCCACAGCUCAUGAAUCAGAGGGUGUGACUAUAGAUCCAACUCCUCCCAAUAUUUUAAAGGUCCAUGUAGGAUUGCUAGAUGAAGAAGAGGAAAUUGAAGAUGGGUAUGUGCAGCAUGCCAAUUCACAAUCAAUCAGGGUGAGUUGGAUUGGUUUGGAUCCAGAGAGUGAUAUCCGUAAGUUCUACGUUGCUAUUGGAAUAAGUGAAGGAGACGCAAGCGUUACUCAUGGAUAUAUUAAUAUGGGAACGGAAAUGUCUGCAAAUAUCGAAGCCUCGCUUUCAACUUUUUCCGAAACUGGAAAUAUAUACUACAUCGCUGUAAAAGCUGAAAAUGGUGCUGGCAUUCUAUCAUCGCCAGUGUAUUCGAAAGGAAUACAGGUUUCAAAGGAGAAUGUACCAGGAAUAAUUUAUGAUGGUCGACAGCCACUGAUUGAUGAAGAUAUUACAAAUGACAGAGUUAGUAUUGCAAUGCAUUUCAAUGGUUUUUCAAGUGAAUCAUGUAACAUUAUUAGAUAUGAAUGGGCACUUGGAUCAAAACCCUACCAUUCCGAUAUAAAUGAUUAUACAGAGUACGGCAUCGUGCACAAUGAUACCCAUGGCAAAGCACAAACUCAUGUUCCAUUGAAAGAAAAUUCAACAUACCAUGUGACGGUUAGAGCGAGAACUGGACAUAACUGUCAUGAAGAGUACAUUGUAUCAACAUCUGAUGGAAUUACCACGGAUUUCAGUCCUCCAAAAAUUUCAAAUGUAGUACCAAAAGAUGACGAAGGUCAUUUCUAUGAUUCUGAAUCCCCAUGCAUGUAUCAGUCGUACAUCGAUUCAUUUGAGUACACAUGGAAUGUCAGUGAUCAGUCUGCAUUACAGUAUGAAAAUUUCUCCAUUGGGUCGACCCCGUAUACAGACGAUAUCCUUCCUUCGUCUAUUUCCUCAGAGUCGAAAAUUCCACCAGGACUUUUAUCGCCAAAGGCUGGAAAAGCAUAUUUUGUGAAUGUGUAUGUCAUGGAUAAUAUUGGAUUUCACACAUCGUUAACUUCAGUGCCAGUUGUUGCAGAUAAUUCGGCACCGAUUAUUGAAAAGUUUAUAUGUACAGAGAUCAUAUCUACCAAACAGUCCUCAAUCACGUGUUCAUGGAUUAUCAUUGAAGAGGAAAGCAAACUGAAAGAAGUACAUAUCAGUGUUGGAUCUCAAGAAUUAUUAGAUGACAUUAUUCAGAAUGUCUCUCUACCUACAUAUCAGAGCAAGUGGACUAUAGAUGUGAAGGGGUAUCUUAAACUAUACGACCUUUCUAAUGUUUAUGUUGCUCUUCGUGUUACAAAUGUGAUUAAUCUCUCUCAUACAAAAUUUACCAAAAUUCAAAUCGAUUCAACACCACCAUUAAUAGGAAUGGUAGAAUUCGUUACUUGGACAAACCCUGAUAAUGAACGUGUCAAACAGAUUUGCCAACUGCCUCGAACGUAUGUAGAUGUAAAUGUGUCUGUGGUCGACGAUAAAGAGUCUGACAUCGGAAGAACUGAAAUCUGUCUGGGAAGUCAACCGGCACUCGCUGAUAUUAAAGUAUAUCAAAUUAUGGAAAGCACGUCUACAACAAUUGAUGGUAUUUAUGUGUCGUCUGGUACAAAGGUUUACGCCACUGUCAGAGCAUAUAACAAAGUAGGACUCCAUAGUGUCUCAACAUCAGAUGCCAUAAUAGUCAGUCCAGAUCCCGCAAUUGAUGUUAUUGACGGCAAUGGAGACAUAGAUGCCGACUACCAGGCAAAUCUUAAUGUAAUUCAAGGUUCUUACAGAUAUUCUGAUAAUUGUCCUAUCAUAAGGGUUGAAUGGUCAGUAGAAGAAUUAAGUGGAGAGAUCAUCCAAGACUUCAUUAAUGUACCUGAGAAUGGUUUAGUUUUCUACAACGACCAGCUGAAUUUGAAAAAUAAUUACCUGUACUUUGUUAAAGUUAGAUUGACGGACGCCCUAAAUCGCACAAAAAUAGGAAUGUCGGAUGGUAUUUCCGUUAGAAUUCAGCCCCCAUUAUCCGGACUAGUCAGGGAUGGGUCCGGUUCAGAGGAUAUAAACUAUCAAGAGUCCCUGACAGAGCUUUCAGCGAAUUGGGAUGUGUUUGGCGAUGAGAGAUCUGGAGAUCCCACUCAGAAAAUUGACCACUAUGAGGUUUCUAUCGGGAAUGACACAAAGGAUCAUAUUACACGAACUAACAUUCAUUACUUCACGAAAGUUGGUUUAAAUACAAUUUACACUUUCUCUGGCUUAAACCUCACUGCAAAAAGUGUACGCUAUUACACUACAGUUAGGGCUUACAGUAUUACAGGGGCUUACAUAGAAAACUAUUCGAAUGGUGUUCGAGUUGGAUACCGUCCAGACAUCAUCACGGGAUCUGUAGAAUUAAAUAAAGUACAAUCCAGUACCAGUGAAAUUUCUGUAUCGUGGAGUGGAUUUGAAUCUGAUAUAGGAAUAAAAGAAUACCGCAUAGCAGUGUCUACUGCACCAGUCAUAAAUAGCAAUCUGACAUACCCUUGUUCCAACAUUCAAAAUGUUUCUCAUCAGUUUGAUGUACUCCCACCAAAGGCGAUUGGGCUAGAUACCUUCCAAAAUCUUCAAAAGCUAUCACUGAACCAUGGAAUAUCUUACUAUAUAACUGUCAUCGCUAGUAAUGAAAUUGGAAAAUGUUCUUCAUCUGAAAGCCAUCCUAUACUUGUUGAUACUACGUCACCCGAUGUAAGUCGCGUAACCUUCAUGGUCAAUGAAUGGAAUGUAACAGAAAGAGAUAAAUUCUUUGUAAAUGAUCCCAAUCGUAUAGAUAUCAAACUUGCUGGUUUAAAGGACCCCGAGAGUGGAGUCAGUGUUGUUACUUUUCGUUUGUAUAAAUAUUUAGAUUGUCCGGGUUCUGAAUUUCAGUCCUCUUAUGUUGAGAAAGUAAUACAUGCGAAAAAUGAGCCGAAAGUUAGUUUUACAAAUUCAGAUUUAGAACCUCGUAGAUAUUAUUACAUUGAUGUAACAGCAAGUAACAACGCUGGACUUGAUGCAAACUUGAAGAGUCCGGUGAUGCUAUUAGACACUGGUUCUCCACAUGCUGGGUCGGCCAAAAUUGGGACAGACUGGACACAGUUGAUAUCAUAUCAGUAUUCUACUUCAAAAAUCACAGCAUUGACUGCCAUUGCUAGAACAGAAGAUGCAUAUGAAUGUGAUAAUACGAAGACUUUCUUCCCAUCUGAUGAAGAUUCAGAGUGGACACUUUUAACUGGAGACUUCGCAGAAGAAAACGUGUUAAAAGAUAAACAUAACUUUGUUCUUAAAAUUGGAUAUAAUACUCCCCUUACAAAAGUGUUGAAAAGUGGAAUUUCACGGCAGCUUGGAGCUUUGCAAGAGGGAAAAUAUUCAAGUAUUUUGUCAACGGCAAAGGGAAAGAACAUAACCACCUCAUUAAUCAUAUCAACAUCAAAGAAAACUCCUUACUUUCCAUUGAUAUUUACUCGUCCACAAACAAACAACUUUAACGAAGUCAAUUUCAGUAAUCCGGAUACCGAAUCGGUUAACGAAAACAUUUCACAAUCUUCUAAUACAACGGACAUCAUGACAUCAACAAUGAGUAGUUUUACUUCUCCCGUCGCAGUUGUUGUUAAUAAGACUGGACCUUCAUACGAGAAAAUCAACAUGGAUGAUUCACAUGGAUUUGGAUUUCAGGUAUUAGGUGAUCAGCAAAGCAACAAAAAAGUUUGGGAUUGUUUGUUUUGGGCCAAAGAUAGCAACGAAGAAGUUCAUCGAUGGGUUGAAUUACAGAAUGACCCAUUCGAUAAACAGAUAGAGUACACCAUUCUUACGAAGAAAAGCAAUUCUGGUGGUAAAACUGUCUGGGAUUUGGAAUUUGCAGUUGACGGAGAUGCAAAGGCUAAGAUUUACGGUCUGUCAUUUGAUACUACAGAUCUCAACGUCUACCUCCAAACUUGGAAUCUUGGAAAUUAUGAAGAACCAAUAACUGACUUAAUACACCCGUUUCGUUCUCAAGCAGUGCUGUCCAAAUUGAAAAUUCCUACCAAUGAAACCAUGGAUUGUUUAAAUGGUAAAGGUUUUUAUGACGGUAACAGUGGGAUUGCAGAAAUAUGGGUAGGAUUGUCGGAAAAUAUAGAAAAUUUAGGAAAUGUUAGAAAAAUGGAACUGUAUAAAAAGAUGUGCACACCGUGCUUAUUUAACUGCAAUUUCAGUUGUGAUGCAAACUGUUCUCUAACCGACGGUAGUUUGUUAGAGUUUGAGAAAAUCCCUAUCAAUCUAAAUAGUCUAGAUUUAAAACCUACGAUUGUGUCCAACGAUGGAUUGAAUGCGAGCGAAAAGACAGAAGUUCUUAACAUUACAGAAUAUUAUGUAAAUGUGAAAAUGGUGAACUUUGCCGGACAGUCAGUUUCAACUUUUUCGAAUCCAAUCACAAUUGAUACAACAGCACCCGUGUGUGAAUUUAUUCGAUGUUUGGACCCCACCAUCACUGGGAUGGACACUCCAACAGAUAGACUGGGUUCUAAUAAGACCAUCGGAGCAUACUGGUUAUGCGAGGAUAAUAUAAGUGGGAUUAAAAAAAUGUACAUUAAGGUUGGAACAGAUAAAAAGGACAAUGGCAAGAAGGAAGACGAAAACUUAGUCUUACGAACGGAUAUUGGAAUUGUGUCUGAAAAACGAAUAGAUUUAAAUGAUAAUAUCUAUUUUAAAGAUAGAAAAACAUACUUUGUCAAUCUUGAGAUCUAUAAUAACGCAGGCCUUUCAACUGUGUAUAGCUGUAAUGUUUCAACAAUACUAACAGCACCGGAUGUAUCAGAUAUAGAUUCUAAAGUAUUGUAUUCAUCGAACGUCGAUCCAGCAACAGGAACUGUGUUUGUGAAGUCUUUAGACAGAUUUGGAAUCAACUGGAAAAGCAAGAAUAAUGACACAGAAUACUACAAGUGGCAAAUGGGGACAUACAAAGGCGGUGCAGAUAUAAUACCACCAACCACAAUUGGUCUUACAGCGGAAGGAACAGCAGAAGUAAUCGGCGGUGAAUUAUGGUUAAAUGGGAACAAAACUGGCAAAUCUUUGGCCGCUCUCACUCCAAAUACCUGGAAAAACGUCACAGCAUCAGAUACAAACAAAGCAGAAAGUGACUUCCGUUUUCUUAUGGAACCUGGACGAUGCGUGUUUCUCUCUCUCAUUGCUGUUGGAUACUCCGGCUUGGAGGCGAAUAUUUCCUCUCAGCGAAUAUGUUUUGAGCGAAAAGUCGGUGACUUGAUUUUGAAUAGUGAACGCAAUGUUACAACAGUUGCAUGGGUUUCAAAUAACCGAUUUGAGGAAGUAUCAGACGUAAAUGGAAACGAAGAUGUAGUUGUAAACAUCACAGGUCAAGUGAAUGGUCUUUCAGUGGGUGUUUUAAGAAAGUCGGAUCUGAUAGCAGAGUAUGGAUCGGCAUCAUCAUAUGAAUUUAGGGCUUAUGUUGUUAAUUCAAAUAUCACCAACUGGAUAUCAACACGGGAAAUUCGAAAUAGAAUUGUGGAACCUCUUGGAGUGAACUUUUUUAUUUCACCUACAACGACAAUAGAUGUGGCAUCUAUAGAGAUUUCCAUCAAAAUAAACCCUAGUGAAUUUGAUAAUUCGACAGUUCCUGCUCUUCUUAUUUGGGAUAGUUAUACUUUUAACUCGGAGACGGAAACAUAUGGUAUAUGGAGACACGUGGAAGACGAAUGUGGGCUAGACAUAAGAUUCCCCACCAUAGAGGGAAAUGUGUACAAAGUAAAGAUAUGCCAAAAUACCUUUCGAAAGUCCUCGUCAAGAAGCAAAAGAUCUACUGUAGUAUCAAUGACAAACCCUUACCAAUACACAUUGACGGUCAUGAACACGUCCUUUUACAACUCCCCACCGGAGAUAGAUAUCGAUACUGUGAUGAUAUCGGAGGACACGUCGAUUAUUGAUUUUCAGAUACCUUAUCAUGAUGAUGAUCUGGAUUCUGUUCAGUUUUAUCUUCUAAAAACACCAGAAAUGGGUUUCGCAAAUCUGUCAUCAAAUGGUAGCUUGACGUAUCGGCCCAAGGAAAACUUUUUUGGGAAUGACAGCAUUGUGAUUUCAUUGACAGAUGGUGCUAGAAAUCCUGCGGUCGUAGAGAAAACUCUUAGAAUUGAAGUUGCAGAGGUGAACGACAUGCCAGUGUUUGGUUUUCUAUACAAUGACUCUUCAUAUGAUGUAGUAAGAAAUAAAAGUUUAACACUCAUUUUUGAAGGGAAUAAAACAUCUCAUUAUUUGAUCGACUUCGGAUUUGCGGAUGUCGACGAAAGUGAAACCCUUUCUUUCCUUUCAAGCGUAACAAACACAGCUGACGUCAAUAUUACAACAACGCCAUCCGAUGGUACAUUUUUUCUUAAUAUAACGUUCGGGCAUAUGGCGAUAAGGACACAGCAAGAAUAUUCAGCAGACAUGGUCAUCAACAAAAAAUUCCAUGGCGAUUUCUUUUACUAUAUCUUAGGAUUUGACAGUCACAACUAUUACACUGAGCGUUUGGAAAUCCAUAUCUUUAUUCUAUGGUCUCCUUGUGUCCAUGGCUUCUGUUCCCCUAAAUUCAAUGACUCUCUACCAUGUGAAGAUACUUCACGAUCUGCAUCAUUUGAUUCCUACAAGUGUAUAUGUUACCCAGGAUACCAGGGUGUAUGGUGUGAAAAUGAAAUUAAUGAAUGUCUACAACAACCUUGUGGUGACCUCUAUAACUGUGAAGACAAAAUCAACAGUUACGACUGCGUCAUCAAACCUGAGGCCCUUGCUUGUCUUGUAGUAGCCGCACUACUAUCGAUAAUCCUGGUUGUCAUUUCAUAUCGAUGUUUCAGAUGCAAAACGAAGAACAACAGACAAAUAUCUCCCUCUCCAUAUGGCGACGCAUUUGAUGAAUGUGAAGACCACAUUACAAUUGGUACCACAAACUUCCCAUCCUAUCCAAUAAAGGAUCAAUCGGACAACCCAGAAAAUAAAUUGCCACUUGACGAUCCUUGCAAGCCAUCAGUUGGACAUUCAGUCAAACGAAGUCAUGAUGAUUACCAGAGAAACAUCGAAGGGAAGUUAUCUGAAAAGGCUACACAUAUAGAUCCUGAACAACCCUUAGGUCAAACAAAAGAGCAGAUUGUACACGACAAACCAUUCUAUAGAAAAUUAUGGCAACGUGUCAAGAAACCGAUGAUGAGGGUUCCGUACUGGGAUCUAGUUUUCUAUGGAAAUGACGCUUACUCGCCUGACGUCAACGACAUGGAUUCCUCCGAUGAAGAGAUCAUUGGAGCAACUAAAAAAGCAUUAGAAAUCGGAAUGCUUGAAGAAAAGAAAACCCAGGCCAAGUCUAACCUCGGAAAGAAGUUACUACAGCAGUCAGCAUAUGUCGACGAUUUAUUUGCAAACGUAAAAAGUCACAGAAAUAUUAAUGCCAGCACAUCUUGUCCCGUUAGUAAUAAUCAUUCUGAAGAUCUCUCUUCAGAAAAAACACAAAGUUCUGAUGGGAUGAAAACUGGCGAAAAAACUAUGCAAUCCCAAUAUAGAGAAAACGAACAGGCAAAUAUACGAGAGUUUACCCACACAGCGCAGAUUUACCAUGGUAAAACAAUCGAAAAGAGCAGUUCAGAUCAAGAAACCCACACCAUGAAAACCACACCCACAUCAAAUUUUGUAAAACAUUUUGCCUCGGAAAAAAUAAAUUUUAGUAAUCAGAGUGAACCAUUAUCCACUAUUCUAAGAGUCAAGUCGUCCGAGUAUCCAUCCCGUAUACAAUCAGAGCUGGACGACGAAAUCGAUAGAAAUGUGACUGUCACGCCAAUUGGUACCUCUGCAGAAGACGACUUCAACCCUCUCUCAAUCUGAGACUUAUUGAAUUGAAACUACACUGUGUAUAAUCUUAAUUACAGAAUGUUUACCCCUACAUUCACUGCUAUUUGCAUUACUGACUUCGUUAUAUAUGUCUUAUUUUCAAACUUUUACAAUUUCAUAUACUUCACUAGGGUGUAGGUGAAAUUACGUUUGAUCACAUAUAGUGAAUUUGUGUUAAAAAUAUAUAUCUUAUAGUUUUGCGAAAGUUUUAGCAAACAAUAGCGCCAAUACCCAUAUCUAACUGUUUGACGAAUAUGUAGCUUAAUUAUAUGUACAUGUGCUAGAAUCAUUAUUCAUAGUCUAUUAAAAUUCUUCUAACAAAUA